UAUCAUUCACACAAGGGAAUCAUUUUCCAUAGCACCGCUGGUGUAAUUAGUUCAGUUCAUUAAGACUGCAUCAUGUCUAGUAAUUAUCUGGUGUUAAGAUGAAUAUUAAUGUUUGUGGAUAACAUCUUUAAGAUCCGCUUUUCUUACAUCUGCCAGAUUAAAUAUCUUAUUUCGUUAGAAACUAGUCCAACCUUAAAUUAUUUGCCUCCCUAUUUUACAGGGAACAAAGGAUCCCCAACAACUGAGAAGCAGAAACUUUUUAACUGAAGAUCGCGGAUUAUAUUUGUAUUGCUACCACAGAACGUUUUCUCUACUCUUUCACUAUUCGUGAAUACUGAUUUAUUGACUCUCCAUGCACACACACACACAUAUAUAAAUAUAUAUAUAUAUAUACAAACAUCCUGUAUUGAACACACACACACACACACACCUUUUUUCUAUUUACAACAUCAGGUUUUUGUUUUCCUUGUUUAAUGAAAACCUUUCCUUUACAAACUAUUACAGAAAAAAACAUUAUUUUCACCAUAAUCUCUUCUAUCACUUCUUUAUGGAUCCUCGUUCUCUCUUUAUUAUUAUUUUAAUUUAUUUCCCCCACUUAUUAUCCAUUAACCCUCUCCACAUUUUUUAACAUAGAGAAAGAAGUAUUUUGUCUACAACAGCAGAUGUGGAGAGGACCGCGUAUGCCACAAGUAUUUAAAUGGUAAGUAGAAAAUAUAUCUGCUUUGCCUAUUUUCUGCACAUGCAAGCAAUCCUAUCAGAAACAAGAAGCUGUACCUUAUCAUAUAUUAAUUGGCAUUUCUCAGUUUUAAAGACUUCUCAAAGAAUUUAAUAUGGAAGACGUUAAUCCCUUGGACACUUUUAAUAACGCACCUGUUUUUAACAAUAUCGAUUCAGUAACAGAAACAUGCAGUGGUGAGAAAUCUUUAUCUAGUGAAACAUUUACUAAACAAACAUCGCCAGACAAAAACUUAACUGAAUAUUGCUGUGAGAUUUGUAAGGAGACAUUUUCUUCAGAAGAGGAAGUCUUUACACACAAAGAAAUACAUGACAAAGGAAAACUCUUUAACUGUGAAAUCUGUGGGAAGUAUUUUGUAAAUUGCAAUAAGUUAAAACGUCACAAAAUAAUCCACGCUGGAGAAAAACCAUUUCACUGUGAAGUAUGUGGGAAGUCUUACGUGUCGAACAGCAAGUUAAGAAGACACAAGAGAAUCCACACUGAAGAGAAAUCCUACCAUUGUGAUGUAUGUGGGAAAUGUUUUGUUUCACUCAGUAAAAUAACAAGACACAAAAGAAUUCAUACUGGCGAGAAACCUUAUCACUGUGAUAUAUGUGGGAAAUCUUUUGUCGACAAUAGUAGUUUGUCAAGGCAUAAUAGAAUCCACACUGGAGAAAGGCCAUACUGUUGUGAAAUCUGUGGGAAAUCUUUUAUUAAUAAAUCAAAUCUUGUCAUCCAUAUACGCAGUCACACUGGAGAAAAACCUUAUCACUGUGAUAUAUGUGGCAAAUCUUUUUUUGAUAAUAGUUAUUUAACAAGUCAUAAGAGAAUCCACACUGGAGAGAAACCGUUUCAGUGUGAAACAUGUGGAAAAUCUUUUAUUUGCAAAAGUGAUUUAACAAAACACAAAAGAAUCCACACUGGAGAAAGACCCUAUCACUGUGGGUUAUGUGAGAAAUCUUUUAUUGAUAAUAGUAGUUUGGCAAAACACAGAAGAAUCCACACUGGAGAGAAAACCUACCACUGUCAGAUAUGCGGGAAAUCAUUGAUGAGUAAUUCAAAACUUGUUAUACACAUUCGUAGUCAUACUGGAGAGAAACCGUAUCAGUGUGAUAUAUGUGGGAAGUAUUUUGUUGAUAACAGCUAUUUAACAACACACAAAAGAUUACACAGUGGAGAGAAACCAUACCACUGUGAAAUCUGUGGAAAAUCCUUCAUGAAUAAUGCAAAAUUAAUUAUCCAUAUCCGAAGUCACACUGGAGAAAAACCAUUUCACUGUGAUAUAUGUGGCAAGUAUUUAGUCUCUGACAGUAAUUUAGCCAGACACAAAGAAAUACACACUGGAAUAAAACCUUUCCACUGUGAUAUAUGUGGGAAAUUUUUCGUUUAUAACAGUGAUUUAAGGAAACACAAGAGAAUCCACACUGGUGAAAAAUCAUUUUAUUGUGAUAUAUGUGGCAAAUCUUUCAUUCAAAAUUCAAGUCUUGUUAUUCACAUACGAAGUCACACAGGAGAAAAACCUUAUCACUGUGGAAUAUGUGACAAGUCUUUUGUCUCUAACAGUAAAUUAAAAAGACAUACACGGAUACACACUGGAGAACAACCAUAUCAUUGUGAUAUAUGUGGUAAAUCUUUUGUCGAUAAUAGCUAUUUAACCAGUCACAAAAGGAUACACAGUGGAGAGAAAUUGUUUCAUUGUGGGAUAUGUGGUAAAUAUUUCAUUAAUAAUUCAAGUCUUGUUAUCCAUAUACGUAGCCACACUGGAGAAAAACCAUUUCACUGUGACAUUUGUGGCAAAUCUUUCUCUGUCAAUUGCAGUCUUUUAGUCCAUAAAAGAAUCCACACUGGAGAAAGACCUUAUUAUUGUGAUCUGUGUGGGAAAUCUUUUAUCACUAACAAUCUCUUAAAAGCACACAAACAAAUACACACUGGAGUGAAACUUUUCAAUUGUGAAACAUAACAAAAUUUAUCAUUUUGUGACUGUAAACUGAAAUAACAUUGAUGAGUAGACAUUUGAAUAGACUUUGGGAUUUAUCUUUUAUUUUUUACUUGUUACAGUCAUUAGCCUGUGGCCAUGCUGGGGUACCACCUUGAAGAAUUUUUUAGCUAAAUGAAUCCACUCCAGUACUUGUUUUUUUUUUUUUUUUUACCCUGGUAUUUAUUCUAUCAGUCUCUUUUCCUGAACUGCUAAGUUAUAGGAAUGUAAACACCAAUACUGGCUGCCAAGCGGUGGUAGACAGGCACACACACAAACAUGACAGGGUUCUUUCAGUUUCUGUCUUCCAAAUCCACUCACAAGUCUUUGGUCAGCUCUAGACUAUAGUAGAAGACACUUGCUCAUGGUACCACACAGUGUAACUGAACCCUUGACCAUGUGUUUAUGUCCCUUUAGAUUCUAUAUCCAGAUCCUGCGAUGAUCUGGUAAAAUACCAGUCAAGUACUCGGAUCGAUAUAAUUGCUUAUCCCACUUGCCCCCAUCCACAAAUGUGUGGCCUUUUGCCUAUCAUAGAAACUAUUCUGUUUUGAAGCUUCAUGAAAAUUGGAUUACUACCAAUUUUAUUUCAUGUAAAAAAAAAUUUUUUAAUAUGAUUAUUGGAUUAUUUUGUUGAGAAAAGGCUUUGGAACAUUUGUAUGUCUACCACUUGGGCUGAAAAGAAUGUUUUUUUUUUUUUUGAACAUUUUAAUAUUUUUUCAUCAUGGCUUCUUCAUAUAAUAGAGCAGUAAAAAAGUAGUUGCUAGUGUAGUAGGAGAAACUAUGUAAAGAGAUAGAUUUAAAAAUUUGAAAAUUAAACAGGCAGAAUAUUUCAGACAUCUUACACAUGUGUUAUUGUAUGACUAAGCACAAAGAAUCCAGUACAGCUCUAUUGAAAUAAAGAGCUUAAUGGUAUUAACAACAGCAACUGUUUUGGUAAUGUUAUGAACCCAAAAGAACUUGAUUGAGGUUAACUCUUGGAAAGGUGUAUUGCAAAGUACAAUGCUGCCUUACUUUGGAAUGCAUCAAGGAACUGGGAAAGUGCGUCAUACCUCUAUCUUGCCAGAAAUGGAAGGGGCUGCCAUACAGUCACAAAAGAAUAGUUGAUAGAAGCCCUGGCUUCUGUUUUUGUAUUGCAUUAUCAGUAAUAGUUUAAAAAAACUGUUUUACAACAAAUGCCCCUAACCCUAACUGAAACUGAGAGGGAGAAAGAAUGUGAUACAGGAAUAUGUGAACUACAGAAAACGAUAUAGAAGCAGUUAUCAUACAUAGCAAAACAAACGCACAAACUUGUUCUUUUUCUCUUUCAAAUUAGCCACUUCACUGGUGUUCGUAGCAUGAAAAAAUUACUUUGUACACACUGUGAAAUGGUUGGUGUUUGGAAGGGCAUCAUAGCAAAACUGACACUGGAACACAUGAAGUGCGGUGGCUUGCCAGAUCCUGUCAAACUGUCCUACCCUUGUCAGCACAGAAAACAUGUUAAAUGAUGAUGAUAUGAAUAUAUAUAAAGUACACAACAUAUAUAAAACAGUAAAAACUAGAAUCCCUGUAACUCACUUAACAAUGGCAUUAAACUAAUGAAAAAUAAAUGUAAAACAAUCAAAAUAUAGAAAUGUUCAUGUUAUAUUUCUCAGCACAACCCUGGUUGUUUUUUUGUUUUUUUUAAUACAAUCUCUGAAAAAAUACUUGAAAAGUUUAUUUGUAAAAAUAUUAGAAUUCCUUUUGAAGUUGCAGUUUCUUUCCAUUUCUGAGCUUCAUUCUUCUUGUAGGACAUGUUAGAUACUCUGUUUGAUAUUGAAAUAGCCAUCUUUAAAGGAUCUUCUAGAAUUAUAUCUCAAGUGCUGUUAACUUUAUAUUCAAAUUAAGACAAUUACACGGAAGUUAAAACAUUGCAAAGCAGUGUUAUUUCCAUCAUUAUGAAUAGGUCAUCAUUUGUACUGUCCUCUCAUUGAAUGUGACUACAGUGGCUGCUGAUUAAACAUCGUUUUAUAUAAUAUGAUGCUAAAGUUGUCUCUUUACAACUAACUGAUUUUUCUCCCUCAAUAAAGAUAUAUUAAAGAUUUCACCCAA